AAAUAAAAUCUGAAGCCCCUUCUUCAUCAGCAGCACCCAAUAUACAGAAAGACGUGCUCCUUUUAAAAUAAACAUCCUCCAACCGGCAACGACACAGUCGGCGCUCUUGGGAGAAGUAACCACAGCCGCCAGCUCUAAGAAUUAGUCUUUGCAUGAGAAAUGUUGGGCUCCUCAUCGUGAAUGAAAUAUAAUUGGGUUUCUGUCUUGGUUAGACUCAUUCUCUGGCCCAAACUCAAAUAAAAUCUGAAGCCCCUUCUCCAUCAGCAGCACCCAAUAUACAGAAAGACGUGCUCCUUUUAAAACAAACAUCCUCCAGCCGGCAACGACACAGUCGGCGCUUUUGGGAGAAACAAACUGCACAGCCGCCAACUCUAAGAAUUAGUCUUGUAAGUUCGUUCCCUCCAUUGUUUUUCUGGCUAAUUUCCAUACAUUUGAGUAUGUUUGCUUUAUAUUACAGUAAAUCACCCCAAUUGCUCUCUCCUCUUUUAACACAUUUUUGUGAUUUAAGAACCCAUUUGCCGUUUCUUCAAUCUUCACCGGUUAUUAUUACCAGAUCUUUUUCAUCAGUUGACAAUACAAAAAUUAGUAAUCAAAAACAACUGAAACAAACCUCGUUUACAAUUUCAUACCUCAUGAAUUCAUGUGGGUUAUCGCCGGAAGCCGCUAAUUCUAUCUCCAAAAGAGUGCAAUUUGUAAACCCAGAAAGGCCGGACUGUGUCCUCGCUUUUCUGAACAAACAUGGUUUCUGCAAUUUCCAAAUAACAAAAAUUAUUAAGUCACGUCCACAGCUUCUUUUAGCUGAUCCUGAGAAAACCUUUUUACCUAAGCUUAAUUUUUUCUCUUCUGUUGGGAUAACUGGUCCAAACCUUGCAAAAUUAAUAUCUUCACUACCAGCGUUAUUAAUCACUAGCUUAAGGAAUCAGAUUAUUCCUGCUUAUGAGUUCCUCAAGAGUGCUUUGCUAUUUGAUGAUGACAUGGUCAUUAGAUCUUUGAGAUCACAAUCGAGGUUUCUUCUAUGUCAUGUGGAAAAGACUAGUGCUCCUAAUUUAUUGGUCUUGAGAGAAAUUGGAAUGCCGCAAUCUGUAAUCCAGCAUAUCUUGAUACAUCAUCCUAAGUUGCUGUGCCAUAAAGCUGAGAAGUUCCACGAUAAGAUCAAAGAGCUUAUUGAUAUGGGGUUCUGCCCUACGAAAACAACGUUUGCCCAUGCUCUUUCUUCAAUGCUCCAAUUCUCUGAAUCAAAUUGGGAACACAAAAUUGAGGCUUAUGGAAGAUGUGGUUGGUCUGAAGCUGACGUAAUGUUUGCUUUCAAAAAGGCUCCUGAAAUCAUGACUUUUUCAGAGAAGAAGAUAAUUGGUUGUAUGGAUUUUCUUGUUAAUGUGAUGGAUAUGAAGCCUUCAGAAAUUGCUGCAUGUCCUUACUUUCUUCAUUACAGUUUGAAAAAAAGAAUCAUUCCCAGGGGUUUAGUUAUUAAAAUUUUGAAAGGUGCAUUGGAGAAGAAUAUCAGUUUCUAUAGUGCGGUGGGAUUAACUGACAAAUGCUUCUUAGAAAGGUAUGUGGAGAAACACAAGGAGCAUAUUCCUUAUUUGCAGGAUGUCCUUGAAGGUAGGAUGUGUCCUCAAGAGCUAGGCAUUCAAUAUGGGCACUAACAUCUAUUAUCCUACUAAUUCUUUUCUCCACUCAUCAGAAGGAUUAAAAAUUCAUGUUCUCAAAAAAAAAAAAAAAAAGGGGGGCAAUGAGUGAGAGGA